AUGGAAGAAGGGUUUAUAAAGAUUAACGAGAAAAUGGAAGAAGGGUUUAGGAAGAUUAAUGAGAAGGUUCAUGAGAUGGACACAAGACUGAAGUCUGUAGAAAUGAAAAUAGCUGAUCAAAGGAGAGAUUCAUAUUUUAUGGAUUUUCAGUAUGAAGAUGAGGGGAGAGUGUAUGAAACAGGUGGAGGAUCAAAUGCAAGAGGUGAUAACGGUAUGGAGGAGACACCUGCAGAGGAGACUAGGGACGCACCUGCACCUGUACCUGCGGAGGAGACCAGGGACGCACCUGCACCUGUACCUGCGGAGGAGACCAGGGACGCACCUGCACCUGUACCUGAGGAGACCACAGACGUACCUGUACCUGCAGUGGAGACCACAAACGCACCUACACCUGUACCUGCGGAGACUCCUGAACCACCAGCAAAGAAACCACGCUACAAAAUAUGUAUGCGGAAGAGUGCUGAGGCUAAAAGGACGGCUGAGCUCAUUAGGAAUAGGAGAAAGGGUAAACCAUCGAGGCAUAUAUCCACUCCUUACGAAAAUGAUGCACCAGGAGAAAGGAAGAAACGAGAGGCUGCAAAAAAGAAGUAG